CCAUGAAGGCCCACCCCCCACCCCACCCUCAGGUAACUACGGCCUUCGGGAUCAGCACAUGGCCAUCGCCUGGGUGAAGAGGAACAUCGCAGCCUUUGGGGGCGACCCCAACAACAUCACCAUCUUUGGAGAGUCCGCCGGGGGUGCUAGCGUUUCUCUGCAGACCCUCUCUCCGUACAACAAGGGCCUCAUCCGGCGCGCCAUCAGCCAGAGUGGUGUGGCACUAUGCCCCUGGGUCAUCCAGAAGAACCCCCUCUUCUGGGCCAAAAGGAUCGCCGAGAAGGUGGGCUGCCCCACAGACGAUACCGCCAGGAUGGCCAAGUGUCUCAAGGUCACCGACCCCCGUGCCCUGACGCUGGCCUACAAGAUGCCCCUCGCAGGCAUGGAGUGUGAGUGGAGGCUGCUGGGCGGGGGAGGGGCUUGCUCCUGGAGGAGAGGAGCCCCCAGGCCCGGCCCUGUCACCAGACUGCUGGCCUCCCUAGGCCGCUUGCCGCCACGCCUGGAGGAGCAGCGGGCCUGGUUCUUUCUCAUCCUCCUGGGUCCUGACCCCUUCGAGAAGCUGGGGAGCCCCCAGCCCCCACAGUGCAUGCGGUUUUAGGGGGGCUCAUGGACC